CUUUCGUAUUAAAAAAAACAUACAGUAUGAAAGAAAAUAAAAAUACAAUAAAGAUACAAUAUUUUUUUUUCCCAACAAAAGUGUACUAUUGAUAAACCCUCACUCAAUUUGCGAUAGAACAUAAACCCUAAAAAUCAUCAUCAACCCUUAUUCCACCUUCUCCCUUCUCUCCAAUGGCUUCCCGUUUUCGAUCCCUCUCAAGACCAACAAUCAAUCUUCUCAAAACUACUUUUGCCCAAAAACCCACUUCAAAUUCCAUCCCCUCUGUCCGUGCUUCUCUCUCAUCCCCUUCAUUUCCCAGGGUAUUAUCUCAAAUGGGUGCAAUGCAAUCUCUUCUCCCACUUCACUCAGCAGUGUCAUCAGCUCGACUCACAUCAUGUCUUGGCAUAGAUUCAAGCAGUUCUAGAUCGUUGUCUCAGGAGCUUGGUCUUAGUGUGCCUCGAUGAGAACGGAUCAUAGUUUGGAACUAGAGCAUACUUCAACAAGUUGUUGCAUGGCCCUUCACAUUUCUCCUCACCAUUGCGAAGCUUGAUCUGACAAGUUCUGUAUGAAACUCUGCCAUGCUUUAAUGUUAUUAUAAGUUGUGGAUAUGAAGUUUAUUGCUCAGACAAAUUUUGUUUCAUCAUAACAGAUGAAAAGCUGUUGAGUGAUUUUUUUAAUCAAUAAAACUUCUUCUCAGCCAUUUAAUUUUACUUCCAAAUGAAAUAUUCAUGUGGAAGUAAAAUAUUUGUGAUUCAGUCUUUUGACUCUGGCACUUUUGCUGGAUAAUAAGCAAUUUAGUCAAAUUGCA